AUGACAGGGCGUGCCAGAGCACGGAUGAGAGGAAGAGCUCGCGGUCAGGAGCCGGCGCAGCACGUGGGUGCCGCCACAAGUCAGCAACCUGGUUAUGUUCCGCCCAGAACUCAGCAGCCGCCAGCAGAAGGGGAGUUUGUUGGCCGAGGACGGCAGAGAGGAACGCCAGGAGCAAUGGCCAAAUCACAAGAACUCCAGAUAUCUGCUGGAUUUCAGGAGUUAUCCUUGGCUGAGAGAGGAGGUCGUCAUAGAGAUUUUCAUGAUCUUGGUGUAAAUACAAGACAGAACCUAGGUCAUGUUAAAGAAUCAAAAACAGGUUCUUCAGGUAUUAUAGUGAGGUUGAGCACCAACCAUUUGCAACUGACAUCCCGUCCCCAGUGGGCCUUGUAUCAGUAUCACAUUGACUAUAACCCACUGAUGGAAGCCAGAAGACUCCGUUCGGCUCUUCUUUUUCAACACAAAGAUUUAAUUGGAAGGUGUCAUGCUUUUGAUGGAACGAUUUUAUUUUUACCUAAAAGAAUCCAGCACAAGGUUACUGAAGUGUUUAGUCAGACCCGAAAUGGAGAGCAUGUGAGGAUAACAAUCACUUUAACAAAUGAACUUCCACCCACAUCACCAACUUGUUUGCAGUUUUAUAAUAUUAUAUUCAGGAGGCUUCUGAAGAUCAUGAAUUUGCAACAAAUUGGACGGAAUUAUUAUAACCCAAGUGACCAAAUUGAUAUUCCAAAUCACAGGUUGGUGAUUUGGCCCAGCUUCACUACUUCUAUUCUUCAGUAUGAAAACAACAUCAUGCUUUGCACUGAUGUCAGUCAUAAAGUCCUUCGAAGUGAAACUGUUUUGGAUUUCCUGUUCAACUUAUAUCAUCAAACUGAAGAACAUGAAUUUCAAGAACAAGUUUCUAAAGAACUAAUAGGUUUAAUACUUCUUACCAAGUAUAACAAAACAUACAGAGUCGAUGACAUUGACUGGGACCAGAAUCCCAAGAGUACCUUUAAGAAAGUGGAUGGCUCUGAAGUCAGCUUCUUAGAAUACUACAGGAAGCAAUAUAACCAAGAAAUCACAGACUUGAAGCAGCCGGUUCUGAUCAGUCAGCCUAAGAGGAGGCGAGGUCCCGGUGGUACCCUCCAAGGGCCCGCGAUGCUGAUCCCUGAGCUCUUCUACCUGACAGGACUAACUGAUAAGAUGUGUAAUGAUUUUAAUGUGAUGAAAGACUUAGCUGUCCACACUAGACUAACUCCGGAGCAGAGGCAGCGGGAGGUAGGAAGACUCAUCGAAUACAUUCACAAAGAUGAUAACGUUCAGAGGGAGCUCCGAGACUGGGGUUUGAGCUUUGAUUCCAACUUACUGUCCUUCUCAGGAAGAAUUUUGCAAGCAGAAAAGAUUCACCAAGGUGGAAAAACAUAUCUCUGAACUUUCUUCUAAUUUGAUUACAAUCCACAAUUUGCAGAUUGGUCAAAAGAACGAGGUGCACCAUUAAUUAGUGUCAAGCCACUAGAUAACUGGCUAUUGAUCUAUACUCGAAGAAAUUAUGAAGCAGCCAAUUCGUUGAUACAAAAUCUUUUUAAAGUUACACCAGCCAUGGGCAUACAAAUGAAAAAAGCAAUAAUGAUUGAAGUGGAUGAUAGAACUGAAGCCUACUUAAGAGUGUUACAGCAGAAGGUUACAUCUGAUACCCAGAUAGUUGUGUGUCUUUUGUCCAGUAAUCGGAAGGACAAAUAUGAUGCUAUAAAAAAAUACUUGUGCACAGACUGCCCUACUCCGAGUCAGUGUGUGGUAGCCCGCACUUGGGGCAAACAGCAGACGGUCAUGGCCAUCGCCACCAAGAUCGCCCUUCAGAUGAACUGCAAGAUGGAGGGAGAGCUGUGGAGGGUCCACAUGCCUCUGAAGCUGGCGAUGAUAGUGGGUAUUGACUGUUACCACGACAUCACAGUUGGACGGAGGUCAAUCGCAGGAUUUGUUGCGAGCAUCAAUGAAGGGAUGACCCUUUGGUUCUCUUGCUGUGUAUUUCAAGAUAGAGGACAGGAGCUAGUAGAUGGCCUCAAGGUCUGCUUGCAAGCGGCUCUGAGGGCUUGGAAUAGCUGCAAUGAAUACAUGCCCAGUCGGAUCAUUGUGUACCGGGAUGGGGUUGGAGAUGGGCAGCUGAAGACGUUGGUUAACUAUGAAGUACCGCAGUUUUUGGAUUGCCUAAAAUCUGUUGGUAGAGGUUACAACCCAGGACUAACAGUAAUUGUGGUGAAGAAACGAGUGAACGCCAGAUUUUUUGCUCAGUCUGGAGGAAGACUUCAAAAUCCACUUCCUGGAACGGUUAUUGAUGUUGAGGUCACCAGGCCAGAAUGGUAUGAUUUUUUUAUUGUGAGCCAGGCAGUGAGAAGUGGUAGUGUUUCUCCCACACAUUAUAAUGUCAUCUAUGACAGCAGUGGCCUGAAACCUGACCACAUCCAGCGACUAACUUAGAAGCUAUGCCAUGUAUGUUAUAACUGGCCAAGUGUCAUCCGCGUUCCUGCACCUUGCCAGUAUGCCCACAAACUGGCGUUCCUUGUGGGCCAGAGUAUUCACAGAGAACCAAAUCUGUCACUCUCAAAUUGCCUUUACUACCUCUAA